CUCACUUCCGGUCCUGCUGCCUUUCCUUCCCCCUGGGCUCCUCCCGCUAUUCCUUCCUCCUCUGCUUCUGCUCCUUCUUCUUCCUUCCCGCUCUCUCUCCCAAAAUGGCGCCCCUGGACUUGGAUAAGUACGUGGAGAUCGCGCGGCUCUGCAAAUACCUGCCCGAGAACGACCUCAAACGCUUGUGUGACUACGUGUGUGACCUGCUUCUGGAAGAAUCUAAUGUGCAGCCCGUCUCUACACCGGUUACAGUCUGUGGCGACAUACAUGGGCAGUUUUAUGAUUUAUGUGAAUUAUUCAGAACCGGAGGCCAAGUCCCUGACACAAACUACAUAUUUAUGGGUGAUUUUGUAGACAGAGGCUAUUACAGCCUAGAGACGUUUACUUACCUUCUUGCCCUGAAAGCCAAAUGGCCCGAUCGCAUCACUCUCCUGCGUGGAAAUCAUGAAAGCAGGCAGAUAACACAAGUGUAUGGAUUUUAUGAUGAAUGCCAAACGAAAUACGGCAAUGCUAAUGCCUGGAGAUACUGCACCAAAGUGUUUGACAUGCUCACAGUAGCAGCGUUAAUAGACGAGCAGAUCCUGUGUGUGCAUGGAGGCCUAUCCCCAGACAUCAAAACGCUAGAUCAGAUCCGAACCAUUGAGCGUAACCAAGAGAUUCCGCACAAAGGAGCCUUCUGUGACCUUGUCUGGUCGGACCCAGAAGACGUCGACACGUGGGCCAUUAGUCCUCGAGGGGCAGGCUGGCUCUUUGGAGCCAAAGUCACCAAUGAGUUUGUGCACAUCAACAACCUGAAGCUCAUUUGCCGGGCGCACCAGCUGGUGCACGAAGGCUACAAGUUCAUGUUCGACGAGAAGCUGGUGACGGUGUGGUCUGCCCCGAACUACUGCUACCGCUGCGGAAAUAUCGCCUCCAUCAUGGUCUUCAAAGACGUAAAUACGAGGGAACCCAAACUCUUCCGCGCCGUCCCCGACUCGGAGCGCGUGAUCCCGCCACGGACGACCACGCCGUACUUCCUCUGAGACAUUGGCCCUGUGGUUGUUUCCCCCCUUCUCCUCCGUGACAUACUUUUUAUGGAGCACUUUGCUGCUGAAAUGCUGCCUCUUGCCUUUUUUUAAUGUUUAAAUUAUCUAAAUGUGUUGUAUGUCGUCCGUAGCGGCGCGUCUCUUCAUCUCCCUCCGUACAAACACACACGCCUCUCGUCGCACGCCUUUCCUAUCAGAGUGCUUUCGACAUGUCCCUUAAAGCACUUAACCUUGCUGUUUUAUAGUGCUUAUGGUUUGCUUUUUCGACUCCUCCGGGAGGGAAAAACUAAACCCUGGAUUUCCCCUUCGAAUGAAAUAAAAACAGAGCAAGACACCAGAACUAGCCUGAGCUCCUUCUUUCAUCCAGACAUUUGUCGUCGGGGAAGCGCUCUCUUUCUUUGUUUCGGAUAACGUUUUAAGAGAUUUCAGCAGCAAAGUUGUCUUUCGCGUGCGCAGCGGGGCUUUUCCCAGGUCCCUUUCGUCCGCACGCGUCCGAGGCGUGAAAGCAAAUUGCCCCGCUUUGUAUUUUGUUUUAAUCUGGUCUGAAUAAGUGGUUUCAAAGUGGUUUCAAAGCUUGCCUCCCUGAUUUAGGGCUUGGGUUUCUUUGAGGGUUUGUUUUUAUUUUUUAGGAUCCCGAGGAAAACGCUGAAGCUUGCUGCAGGUAUUCGGAUUUGUACAUUAAAAUAAUUGUUCUGAUUGGUUGUUUUUUUCUUCUCCUCCUUCUUCUCAGAUACCUUGUAUUUUUUAAUAAAGCCGUAUCUCGAACUCUGCCUCCAGGUUCAAACCUUCGAAAUAAAAGCCUACGUUGUUGA